AUGCCUCACCCUGAGCCCGAUUUCCCGCUCACGAAGCGGCAAAAGCUCGAUGCCGCUCCCAAGGCGUCCUCGUCCAAGAGGAAAAAGCCGGGGUCGGCCAUCUUUGCGCCGUACCGGACAAUUGGUCUGAUUUCGCCCACCGGCGUUCCCUUCACCUCGAUUCCCCUUGGCAAGACGACCUUCCAGAUCACCACCUCCGUCGGCCGCGCCCUUCAGACGUACGAUCUUAAGCGCGGUCUCAACCUUGUCUUCGUCACUCGUCCUCAGACUCCGUCCGAUAUUACUGCCACUCACGCUUGGAAGGAGAGGGUCUAUGCUGCCUUCGGCGACCCGCGCAAUGGCGAGCCCCAGGGCCUCUGGGUCUUCCAGCGCGGCAAGAAGGUGGCCGAGCUGCCGCUUCCCUCCGACCUGGACCAGCCUAUCAAGCAGAUCCUAAUUUUCGGCGGCUGGAUUGUUGCCUGUGCUCUGACAAGAAUAGAGGUCUGGAAGGCGGCGACCCUGGAGCACUACACCACCAUCUUCCCCGCUGCCUCCAAGAAGGGCGACAACGAGCUGACCGGCGGCGCUAUCAACAUGCCCACGUUCCUCAACAAGAUCUUUGUUGGCCGUAAGGAUGGUUGGGUCGAGAUUUGGAACGUCAGUACCGGCAAGCUGAUCUAUACGCUCCUGCCCCCGUCGCCCGACUGCGGUGCUGUCACCUGCCUGCAGCCGACCCCGGCCCUCUCGUUGCUGGCCAUCGCCUACUCCGGGGGGCCUCUGGUCAUCCAGAACGUGCUCACAGACAAGACAGUACUUCUCCUCGAGGCCGGUACUGACGAUGCGCCUGUUACCAGCAUCUCUUUCCGUACCGAUGGCCUAGGCGCCGGCCAAGACGGUCGUAAGGACGGUGUCAUGGCCACGGCGACGAGCGUCAGCGGCGAUGUCACCUUUUGGGACCUCAACAAGGGCGGCAGGAUCAUGGGUGUGCUGCGGAGCGCGCACAACCCGCCGUCCCGUCACAACAUUGUCCGUGGCGGUAUCAGCAAGAUCGAGUUCCUGGCCGGACAGCCCGUCAUCGUCACCAGCGGUCUCGACAACUCGCUCAAGACCUGGAUCUUCGACGAGUCGCCGUUCUCUCCUGUGCCUCGAAUCCUGCACCAGCGAAGUGGCCAUGCUGCCCCUGUGCGGUGCUUGCACUUCCUACCUUCCGACUUUGACGGUGCUGAGGGUGGCAACAAGUGGCUGCUGAGUGGUGGUAAGGACAGGAGUCUCUGGGGCUGGAGUUUGCGUCGCGACGGCCAGAGUGCCGAGCUCAGCCAGGGCGCUAUCCGGAAGAAGGCCCGGAAGAUGGGUCUUCUCGCUGGCGGCUCCCAUGGUCCUACCACAACCCUUGAGGACCUCAAGGCUCCCGAAAUCACCUGCAUUGCCUCAUCGCUGAACCGUGACGGUGGCAUGGGUGCUAUCCCUGGCAAGCAGAUGAUCUGGGACAAGGGCGACGACAAGAACCGGAUCAGCAACGCCGAGCUGAGCGGGAACACUGGCUGGGAGAGCGUCGUCACCGCGCAUAAGGACGAUCCCUAUGCCCGUACCUGGUUCUGGGGCAGGAGGAGAGCAGGCCGUUGGGCCUUCAAGACCGGUGAUGGGGAGCCUGUCUCGACCGUUGCUAUCAGCUCAUGCGGUACCUUUGCGCUUGUCGGUUCGACCGGUGGCAGCAUCGACAUGUUCAACCUCCAGUCUGGCCGGCAUCGCCAACGCUUCCCGUCGCGCCUUACUCCUGCCCAGCUGAGACAACUGAAGCUUCAGCAGCUCAGGAGGCUGGACGAAGCCAACAAGUUGGCCCACCGCUCCCAGCAAAAGACCUUCGCUCCCGGCACCGGACGGCACACAAAUGCCGUCACGGGCAUCGUUGUCGAUCCUCUGAACAGGCAUGUCGUCUCGUGCAGCCUGGAUGGCAAGGUCAAAUUCUGGGACUUCAUUACCGGUAAUCUAGUCGACGAGAUCGACUGGGCGCCCAUGACCAAGAUCAUCGGGUGCCGCUACCAUCCAGGCAACGACCUGAUCGCCUUCGCCUGCGACGACCGUUCCAUCCGGGUAGUCGACAUCGAAACCAAGAAUACCAUCCGUGAAUUCUGGGGCUGCCGUGGCGACAUCAACGACUUCUGCUUCUCGCCCGACGGUCGGUGGAUCGUGGCCGCGUCGCAAGACUCCAUCAUCCGCGUCUGGGACCUGCCGACCGCACAUCUCAUCGAUGCAUUCCGCCUGGAACAGCCGUGUACCGCGCUCGCCUUCUCCCACACAGGCGAGUACCUUGCCGGCGCAAUGGAAGGGUCUUUGGGCGUCCAGAUCUGGACAAACCGCACGCUCUUCCGGCAUGUGCCGACACGGCAGAUCUCAGAAUCCGAGAUCGCGGACGUCGCGGCGCCCACGACCUCAGGCGAGGGCGGUCAAGGCCUUAUCGAAGCUGCUCUCGAGGCCGAAGAAGAGCAAGCCGAAGAUGACGGCGUCAUGGCACCCAUCAUCGACCAGCUCAGCGCCGACAUGAUGACGCUAUCGCUGGUCCCGCGCAGCCGCUGGCAGACGCUACUGCACAUUGACAUCAUCAAGGCGCGCAACAAGCCCAAGGAGCCGCCCAAGGCGCCAGAGAAAGCGCCCUUCUUCCUGCCGCCGGUCGGCCAGAACGGAAUCAGCUCGCUCAUUCCCCAGGAGGACGCCAAGGCGAAGAAGGAGAAGGCGGCUGCGAACGGGGCGUCGAGAAUUACGAAGCUGGAUCUUACGCGGCAGGAGCAGACAUUCACCUCCAAGCUGUUGGUUGGUGGUGCGAAGGGGGAUUACACCGACUUCAUCGAGCAUCUCAAAGCCCUCCCUCCCGCAGCGGCCGACCUGGAACUGCGCUCUCUCUCCAUCGGCAACGGCGACGAAGCCACCAACGAACUCCUGCACUUCAUCCGUGCACUUACCAGCCGACUCGUCGCCCGCCGCGACUACGAGCUGACCCAGGCGUGGAUGACAGUCUUCUUGCGGCUGCACUUCGACCUGAUCAUGGAGAACGAGGAGCUUCUGCAGGCAUUGGGCGAGUGGAGGGAGCAUCAAGCUCGCGAGCGCGACCGGUUGAGCGAGUUGGUCGGGUACUGUGGUGGUGUAGUGAGCUUCUUGCGGAGUCCAAGGACAUAA